AUGGCUAGCGCGCAGCUUAUGGAAGAAGAGCUCCAACAGAGCGUGAUGGUCUCGGAAGAGGAUGCAGAAUAUGAUGAAGACGAAGUCAAUGGCGAUGUGGGCGAACACAAUCAGGCUAGCUUCGAGCUGAACUCCAAAAUAGAUCUUGGCGCAACCCCCGAUCAAGGCAAUGCCGAGGAUGAGGAGCUCGAGACAAACGAGGACGGAGACGAGGAAGGCUUAGAAGAUGCAGAAGGGGAGGAAGAUGACAUCGAUGGAGAUGCGGUAUCCGACGAGGAUGGCGACAAUGACGAGGACGCCAAUUUCGAGGAGGACGCUGAAGGCGAAGACGAUGAUGAGGUUACUAUCAUACCAGUAACAGGGAAGGGCAUCCCAAGCAUAGAAGGGGACGAAAGUAGUGCAGGAGGUGAAAAUGACGAUGAAGGGGUCGGCGCCGUUAAAAUAAAGCCAGGCGAGACGGACGAGGAAGAAGAAAGUGACAGCGAGAGUGAGGUUUCUGAAGUUGUAAGCGACGCAGAAUCGGAUGAGGCUGAGGAAUGGGAAGCUGCCGCCGAAAAUGAAGAUGAGGAUGAUGAAGAUGAGGCAGCGCCUUCGAACACCUGCAUGUUUUGUAAACAGGACGAGGACAACGAUCCCAGCGAGGAGUUCGAAACCUACCUGACUUGCUCUGGCUGUGGAGAAAAUGGUAUUGAGACCUGGAAGUGCCUUGACUGCGCCGCGUCUUCCUCGGACGGUGGCUCUGUUCUUGACGAUACUGAGGUGAACGGGGUCGUAGACGCUGAUGAAACUCCGGCUGCGAGAAGGGCUACUGCACCUAAGCUUGCUAGAGACCUGCUACCAUCCCAACGUGGUGCCCCCAAGCCAGAUUCGCACUCAGUCUUUAAUCAGCUUGUCCUUGAUGAAGAUCCUAUGGAUGGUUCUCGUGUUUUGAGGAAACGAAAGACCUCAUCCGCAGAGGCCGAUGAGCACGUCAUGAGCCUACGAAAGCGACGCAGGAGCACUGGCGACGAGGUCAGCAACGAUGGCGCCGCCAGUGCUGAAGAAGCUGUCAGGCCGCGUUCGGCAAGAUCUCUUCGACUGAAGAUCUCCACGAAUGCGCCUGCCACUAUUGUUAAGAAAUCCCGCACAUCUCUCGUGAUGAGACUACGCGUUAACCCAUCAGAACUGAAGCAAAUAUUGUCCAAGCCGCCAGCUGGGUUGAAGAAGCGCACAACUGCCUCUAGGCCGUCUCGGCCAAGCACUAGCAGGAGCGCGGUUCAUGUGGGAAAUGCUACAACAGCGACCGCCCCUUUUGUCUCCACGAGCUACUCACAACCAUUCUACUCGUUCUUCGAUAAAGACAUGGAUGAGCUGAAAGGGAAACCAUACGGCGGCAUUUUGAACGAUGCCGAGGCUGACACAUCCAAAACACUACCCACGAACGAUGACCGCCGACGUUUUGACGAGGCAAAACAAAAGGCUGAAGAAGAAUGGAGACAAAGAUUGCUGUCAAUGCAGGCAGAACUCGAUGUUCCUGUCAAGAAGUCAAAGAAGGCCGCUGGUCCUGCCAGCCAGAUUGAAUGCAUAGAAUUUGGUGGAUGGGAGAUUGACACCUGGUAUGCAGCACCUUACCCCGAAGAGUACAGCAGAAAUCGGGUUCUCUACAUCUGCGAAUUCUGUCUUAAGUACAUGAAUUCGGAUUACGUUGCAUGGCGGCACAAGCUCAAGUGUCCGGCGAAGCAUCCUCCCGGAGACGAAAUUUAUCGUCAUGGCUCGGUUUCAGUGUUUGAGGUGGACGGUCGCAAAAAUCCGGUCUAUUGCCAGAAUCUUUGCUUGCUCGCGAAGCUAUUUCUAGGCUCGAAGACGCUCUACUACGAUGUCGAGCCUUUCCUAUUUUACGUCCUUUGCGAGUUCGAUGAUCUUGGCUACCACUUUGUCGGAUACUUCUCCAAGGAAAAGCGAGCUAGCAGCCAGAACAACGUCUCAUGCAUCCUGACAUUACCAAUACACCAACGAAAAGGCUAUGGAAACUUGCUCAUUGACUUUUCCUACCUUCUUACCAGGGUUGAGCAGAAGACAGGCUCUCCCGAGAAACCUCUCUCGGAUAUGGGCCUUGUAUCAUAUCGAAACUAUUGGCGAUUGAUCAUGUGUCGAUACCUCCUUGAGCAUGUGCCGGAGAACAAGGCAGAGUCGAAGGGCCUGAGCAUUAAGGACAUAUCCGAUGACACGGGUCUCACAGCAGACGACGUUAUAUCGGCACUGGAAGGUCUAAGAUGUCUUGUUCGAGAUCCCCAAACGGAGCUCUACGCUUUCAGAGUCGACCUGGAAUACUGCAAGCAGUACGUUGCCAAAUGGGAGUCCAAGAACUACGUUACCCUGGACCCAAAUGCGCUCACCUGGACCCCGUAUGUAAUGGGCAGAAGCAAUGCUACGAAUUUCGAACUAGGCCCUGCCAUGCAUGCUAUCGCUCCCCGAGAAGAGGAUGAAGAGCAAAAGGCUGUGGAGGCCGUGGCGGAGAGUUUGGUCAACGGCAAUACCACGAUAGUCAAGACAGAGACGAACGGGGAUGUCGCCGUCCCUGCGAUAGAAGCAGACUCUAUUGUGAUUGAGUCGACUGAGCCUAACGAAACUGGAGAUGAGCCCGCUCUUGAAAACGGAGUGGAGCCACUGAAGAACGGUGCUUCCGUGGAAGGACAAGCUGCGGACCAUACACAAACAGGUUCCGUUAGUGACGACGACGAUUGGGUUUCGGCGUACAAGGACAUUCCUCCGACCCGAUUUGCGGUAUACCCUCCGCUCAGCAGCUCGAGGCGUGUCGACCGGCCCCGUCCGAGUGUUGCCCGGCCCGCACUGUCCCGAACGGCGAGUGCGCCGCGACCCAAGGCCCGACGUUCGACGGGUAGCGCAAGACGACUCACAGUGUCCAAGCCUAAGAGCAGCGGCAGUCGUCGCAAGACAGGUGGUACCGGCCGGGGCCCAGGUCGGUGGCCGAAGGGCACUAAGAAAAGCGACUACGGUAACGCCGAUAGUGGCCCUGGUUUACCACCGGGAUGGGUCGCGGAAAGGAAUCGUCUUGCCGUUUCAUCUGGUCCAAAGAAGACAGAUAAUGGGGACGAGGAACUAGACGAGGACACCGUCCAGGUCAAGGCGGUCAACCAUCACGGGUCUGCCUUGACCAACGGAAACAGCAAGGGCAAGGGUUCGGCAAGCUCCAAGCAGGAGAGCGACGAGGACAGCGACGGCGAUGGGGAUGGCGAUGUCGAUAUGGAGGACGCAGAUGCCGAAGGGGAGGAUGACGAUGAAUAA